CGCUGGAUCGUUUGGGGGCGAGCGCACUAGGGCCGAACCUCAGAGCCCGCGGCGUUGACUGUCGCGGUGGUUGCGCAUCCGGCCUGAGAAACUCUGAGAGAGUGCUCCCAGUCGGCUCCUGGAGUGAUGCCUGGCGCAUCCCAGAGUGUACAUACCCCUGUCUCCAGUACCUAGAUCAAGAAAGAAUAUUACAGUACUUGCAUCCCAGAAGCCCCACUUUAUGGUUCCAGCUGAGCAAAGAUAUAACCCACGUUUAUCUUGAACAAGAGAGUAUUGGGAAAAAUAAAAGUACACAGCUAGAUGAGCAACUCACUAUGAAUUCUGAGGGAAGCAUGCAUCAAAAAUCCAGUGAAUUAGCUAAUGAAGUCACAUAUGAGGACCCUGAAAUGCCAGGACAGAAAUCUAGGAAUUUCCAGGUCUUCAGCCCUUACCCAGAUGAUGAGACAUCUGAAAAAUGCAAAAUUAUGGAACAUAGAAAGAAUGAAUUGCAUUAUGAAUAUAUGAUUCCUUAUCAUGUUACUCCAGACCUAAAUAAAGAGACUACAGUAGCAUUUCUAAAAGAAUUGGAUUUUCUCAGAAACAGCAAUAAAAAGCUUCAAGAAAAACUGAAUGAAGAGGAUAAAGAACAGAGAAAAUUAAAGCUUAAACUGGAACUCCAAGAGAAAGCAACGGAAGCUAAAAUUGCUGAAAAGGCAGCAGGUCUGGUUGAAGAAGUAUAUUUUGCACAGAAGGAACGUGAUGAAGCUGUUAAAUCUAGGCUGAAAUUAGCCAUUGAGGAGAGAGAUGAAGCAAUUGCACGAGCCAAGCAUAUGGAAAUGUCUCUAAAAUUGCUAGAAAAUAUUAACCCUGAAGAAAAUGACAUGACAUUACAGGAAUUACUGAACAGAAUAAACAAUGCAGACACAGGGAUAGCUAUUCAGAAGAAUGGAGCUAUAAUUGUGGAUAGAAUCUACAAGACCAAGGAAUGUAAAAAGAGAAUAACUGCCGAAGAAAUGAAUGCAGUCAUAGAAGAACGGGAUGCUGCUUUGUCUCAGUGCAAACGGCUAGAGCAGGAGCUUCAUCAUCUGAAAGAGCAGAACCAGACUUCAGCAAACAACAUGAGACAUCUGACUGCUGAAAACAAUCAAGAACGUGCUCUGAAGGCAAAGCUGUUAUCAAUGCAAGAAGCCAGAGAAGCUGCAGUUGAACAGUACAAAAAACUGGAAGAAGAAAUCCAGACACUACGAGUUUACUACCGUUUGCACAAAUCUUUAUCUCAAGAAGAAAAUCUGAAGGAUCAGUUUAACCAUACCCUUAGUACUUAUGAAGAAGCUUUAAAAAACAGAGAGAACAUUGUUUCCAUCACUCAACAACAGAAUGAGGAACUUGCUACCCAAUUGCAGCAAGCUCUGACAGAACGAGCAAACAUGGAAUUACAGCUCCAGCGUGCCCUAGAGGCCUCCCAAGUGGCCAGUGAAAAGGUUCAGAAGUUAGAAAGGUUGGUGGACGUCCUGAGGAAGAAGGUUGGAACAGGGACCGUGAGGACAGUGAUAUGACUGAAAAAACGACCGUCUGGGGGAAGCGAUCACAUCUGGUGACCAGGCUGCUUCAUUCAACACUGUGUAAACACUAAAAGCCUUAACUUAGCAAACAGUUGUUAGAAGUGGGACACUCCAACCACAUUCCAAGCUGAGAUAAAAUCAAAUCACAAAUGUUUAACCACUUUGCUGCUGACUUGAGUUAUUUAUCCAAAUAUAUUAAACUACAGACUUUUACCAAUGGGUAGCUAUAAGGAUGCAGCUUAUUUUAUAACUAUUUUAUAUCUCAACACCUUUAAUAUAAAUCUUUUUACUGAGCGAUCAUUAUAGAAACACGUAAAAUUGGUCAGGAUCAUAUCUUCACAUGUGGCCCUCUCUGAAUCAAAGUACAGCAAAGUAAAUAUUGUCUAAGCCUUAAUCCACUGUGUUAGGUCAAAACUUCAAAUAAAUGCAUUUUCCAAUAUAGAGUAUAUUUUAUAACUGAUAAAGGAUGUUCAGACAUGAGAUUUUGUAAUAUUCCUUUAGUGUACAUAUGUUAUCUUUGUUAGUAUUAAAGAAUAUUAUAAAUAGAUGCAACAAAUUAAAUGUAUAAUUUGCUUUAAUGAGUUUAGUACAUUGAAAUUACAUUCAUCAGGACAUGAUUUUGUUUCACUAAAAAUAAUACACACUCUAUUGAAUAAAAAGAGAAGAUUGUUAACGUGUACUUAUAAAUUUAUAUUGUCAAUAUUUUUAAUGUUAAGUCUGGAUAAUUAUCUAAGCUCCACCUACAUUGCAGAAAUUGCCAAGUUUCUGUCUAAUGGUAAGGGAUACUUUUGGCUUGAAAAUUAGCAUGUGCCAGCAUGUCUCUAUCUGAAAAGGCAAGAAGCCAUCAAAUAUAUUAAGUAUUCUUAUUAAUUAUCUUUUUGUAGAUUAUUGUUUGAAUUUUUUGUUGUGAAGAAGUGAAAUUCAGUAUGUAAUAUACCAUAAAAUUACAACGUGCAAAUAUUAGGACUUAGACAAAAGUAAACUUGCAUUUUGGUUCAGGUUGCCUUUAUUUCAUUUAAGAAUCAACAGUUAACUUAAUUUAAGAGGUAAUUUAAAAGUUAAAGCAUAGCCAUUACUUCUAAUCAUAUGAUGUCGUGAAUAAAACUGAAAUUCUGUGUAUUUGGCUAUAUGGAAAAAAAUCAUCAUUAUUUUAGACUGAAAAGAUGAGAGGCCAAUAGGAAAUGACUAUGCCAGGAGCAGGGUGAAAUAAACAAACAGAUUGAAUUUGUGAAAGGUUUGUAGACAAAUGUAAAUUUACAUACAUUUUUACUUCAUCAUUAAGAUUGAGCUAAAUUUGCUACCAUUGCCUAUUUUCAGGAUUAGUAUAUUCAGGACAAUGUAUUGUAUCAUUCUUUAAGAUGCCAUUAGAGAUUAUCAAUUUUUUUAUUUACUUUGCAGAAAAUUUUAAGGUGCUCGUCAUAGGUGAUAAAAGAAUCAUGAGGCUAAAUACACCCCAUCCCUUCCUUAUUAAAUCUUUUUUUAUUGAAGUAACAGACAGAGUCAUCCCAUUGCAUUAAAAUUUGGAAUUUAUUCAUGUUUCCUGCUCUUAAUGAUUUUUUAAAUGAUGAGACUUAGAAAAUAAGGCACAACAAGGGUUGAAAAUAAACUAACUGGAUUUGCUCUAUAGUUCUAAAGAAUAUCAUAAUCUCUUAUAGGCUAGUGACUAUAUAAACAUAGAAAUGUAUCAUACUUUAGUCAUACUUGGAGUGUUGUCUCUGGGCUUUAACUUAAACCCCUAAAAACUCCUUGUUUGAAGAAAUAGUACCCUUUAAAUCAUCCAGGAGAUUCAGGUAAGUAGGAAAACAGUUCUUGUCACAAAAUACUCUAUUUCUGAACCCUCUUAAAAUAAAUAACAAGUAAACUUGAAUUUUAAGUUUAGUCUUAAAGAACAAACUAACUUUUCUUGGGUUACUUUGGGAUUUUAAAAUACAUCAAGUGCCAUAUCAAGAUAUCUUACAGUUUCCAAACAUCUCUUCCUAUACCUAAAUGAUCAUAUUAGAGCAACCAAUUCCUAUAAUCAAUAUUGUGAAGUUUGAUAGAAUAUGGUUGUAAAGUGCAGUUUACAGAACAGUUCUAAUAUCCGCUUUUGUUCAGCAAAAGCCAUCUCCCAAAAUAACCCAUCCCCUUGAAAAUGAGUUAUCUGCAAAAUUAACAAAUGCAAAGUAUUACAAAUAUUGUCUUAAUUGAUUUCUUACAGUUAAAACUAACUUUUUUGCUUUUAAUGCCUUACUAACUGAAAAUCAGGUAGCCACAUAUUCAAUCCUAGCACAACUUCAGAAAUGUUCCACUCUAUUCAGAAAUGUUGCCAUGAGUUUGCUUUAAACAUCAUCAAGUGUAAUUCCUAUAAUAACAUGAGACUUCACUUCUUGUAAAAAUAAGUAGUCCAAGGAAAGGCAGAAAAAAUGUUAACAUUUGUAACACUUGAUGAUUUACAAAGUCCUUUCACAUCUUUGUUUUUAUUUGAUCCUAUCAAAAACCAUAUAAUAAUAAUAAAUUAUUUAUAUCAACUUUAUAAUAAUGAUUAUGAGGGCUUUAGUGGUAGUGUUAUCGUUGUUAUAAAAUGCUAUGUAGAUGAGGAAACAGAAUCAGGGUAUCUUGGAACUUGCUGCAGACUGACUAGGACUUAGAACUAAGGGCUUGUAACUAUACUCCAUGCAACUAUAGGUCUUCAAACCUUUCUGUUAGAAAAAACAAAUGUAGUAAAGAUUUUAACUCUUGUAAUUUUUGUUAUUAUUGUACCAUUUAUUUUAUACACAUAAAUAUGAAUUCCCUAUCCAUCUAAGACUGUACACAUUUCUUUCCAUGAAGUACAAUAAUGUGAACUGCAGGCAUAGAUAGCAUCUUGGUUUGACCAACUAUCAUAUGACAGUAGCAGCAUGCUGUGUCUCAGACUUCUCUAAAAUAUAAUCUUGAGGUGCUUUGGACUAUUUUCAAUUUGACCUCAUGGUAAAUCCUAACACUGUAGUUUUAUACAUAGUGAUCUAAACUUCAAGGCUUGCUCUACCUCCUAGGGCAUCUAUUAGAGAUAAAACUAUAUACAUAAGCAAAGUUAUUGGUUAUAAGCCAUGUGUAGGCAGUUUUAGCAAAAUUAUUAAUCAUUAAUAUGUUUAUUUUUAAUUCUACUUUUAUAAAUAAGCCAUUGUGUUUAAAAGUAACUAAAAUAGUUUCACUACUUUAUAGAAGAAAUAUUCUAUAUUAUUUUCAGUGAUAAAAUUGAUCCUUUGUAUAUUUUCUUAUCCAAUUAAACUGAAGAGGGCUUGGGAUUUAGCUCAGUGGCAGAACACAGACUUAGCAUGCAUGAUGGUUCAAUCCCCAGUACCAAAAAAAAAAAAAAUUAAAUCUUUUUAUAGUCACAUCACUUACUGAUAAAAUUAGUUUAUUUUACAAAAAAAGAAUAUUGAAGAUUCGUAAUUUUAAUAUUGUAUAGUAUCACAGAAAAACAUUUUAUAUGAAAUAUUUUUAAAGAUCACAAUUAUUUCUUAAAGUUCAUAGUCAUAAUUAAUAAGGCAUUAGAUAAUAAAAUAGCCAUGAAACAUUUCAUCUGCUCCCAUGUGGCUUGUGUGGAAGUCAGAUUUUUCACAGAUAUUAUUGUUCUUGGUUCCUGUCAUGUACAGUUCACAUAUUUAUUCAUAUAUACAGACAUACCCACACAGACACAAAAUCACAUUUACCUUUUUAAAAUAUUGAUUUAUAAGUCAACUGUUGAGCUCUAGUGAUUUCAGCAUUUUGUUCGUGUUUUAUUGGAAAUGCACGUGGUUACUGAGGCUUUUAAACAAAUACAUGAAAUGGUUGAAAGAUUUAUAUCGCUCGUGCUUAGCUAAAUAUGUCAUCUCUAGAAAAGCUGUGGUUUAUUUUGGCACUGUUUUAAAAACUCAAAUAUUUUAAACAUUUGUUAAGUUGGAGCUUGCACAUUUCAACUAGUAGCAUACGUUCCAGAAUAGCAUCUCCAGUUACCAAACUUUUUGUAAUCCUUUUACUGUAAUAACCUUUUUUGCAAAGGUUUCUUUUCUUUUUUGUUAUGUACUUUAAUGUAAGUGAGGUUAAAGUUAUUACCUUUUUGAUGUAGGACUUCAUAAUAGAAUUUGGCAAUGAUAAGUGUAUUUUUGAGAAUCAUUAGAAUGUUGUAUGCUAUUUGUCUUCUUUGCAGAAGUAUUAAUAUGCCUACUUUUAAAUUUAUUUUAUAAAUAUAGUUUUGGAGUAUACUAGUACUUUGAAAACUACCAGUUUCUUGACUGUAUGAUUAUUAACAAAGAUGUAUUUUAAUGUAAUCAUAUCUAAAAAUAUGUAUUUACUUUUUAUUCACAAUCCCCUCUUGCAAAUCCUACAAGUUUUGUUGCAAUUUUUAUACAUUGAUCUCAAUUAGAUUUGAAAGUGUACAAUCCUGAAGACACUGUACUGGAUAUAUACUAUAAAGUAUACAUAGCAGUAGGGAAACAGAUUGUUUCCUAUCAAACUGUGUGUAACUUCCUUAUUAAGAUAAGUCAACAUGACUGAUUUGUUAGGUACCUUAAGAACCUUUAAAAAUUAUUUAAAUAUAAAAUAAAGUUUUAGUAAAAAGUAUUAUAAAUAUUAUCUUUGGUAAAUAUGGUUAGAAAGAACUUAAGGAAGGAGAUCAAAUUAUUUUAAUUUAAAAAUAAUAGAUUGGUUCAAAUCUAUUGCAAGCACCUCUAAUAAUUUUGGAAUGUGUGUGGAAUUUUGUUGUAAUCAAGAGCUGAAAUCUGCUGAGUAUAGUGGCACACACCUGUAACCCCACUUCUGGUAAAGAACCCUUGGGUUCAAUCCCAUUAACAGAAAAAAAAAAAAAAAGCUAAAAUAACACUAUCACUUCUGUUGUAUUUGAUUAUU